AUGUCGAUUGUACAGGUUAAUUCCUCUCCUUCCUCCAACGAAUACCCCGUGAAUGCUGAGAAGCUCACUUCCAUCAUCGAAACAUGCCUUUCAGACUCAUCCCUAGGCCCAGAAACUCACACAAAUUUGAUUCUCACAGAACUUAGUAAAUCUUCAUCGGUGCAUAAGUUCGUGGUUUCAGUGACAAGGGUUGACUCUUCGAAAGGGUCCCAUUUCGACCUUGGCAUUGAAUCACACAUUGGCGGAUAUUGGAACAAAACAAAGGAUGGGGUUGUCUCGCAUACCGUAGAGCCAUCUCCAGGGAUACAUUACCUCGUUACGGUCAUUUGGGUGUCUAAAUAG